AUGUUUAGAAGAGUAAGUGUCCUCUCCUGUGCUGCCCUCUACGGGAAGAGUAAGUCUGUAGAGUUAGAGGAUGUGAAGUUCCAUCGGGGACACUUCACCCCCUACAAUCACUCCAGGGGACACUUAACCCCCUACAAUCACUCCAGGGGACACUUCACCCCCUACAAUCACUCCAGGGGACACUUCACCCCCUACAAUCACUCCAGGGGACACUUCACCCCCUACAAUCACUCCAGGGGACACUUCACCCCCUACAAUCACUCCAGGGGACACUUCACCCCCUACAAUCACUCCAGGAGACACUUCACCCCCUACAAUCACUCCAGGGGACACUUCACCCCCUACAAUCACUCCAGGGGACACUUCACCCCCUACAACCACUCCAGGGGACACUUCACCCCCUACAAUCACUCCAGGGGACACUUAACCCCCUACAAUCACUCCAGGGGACACUUCACCCCCUACAAUCACUCCAAGGGACAUUUAACCCCCUACAAUCACUCCAGGGGACACUUAACCCCCUACAAUCACUCCAGGGGACACUUCACCCCCUACAAUCACUCCAAGGGACAUUUAACCCCCUACAAUCACUCCAGGGGACACUUAACCCCAUACAAUCACUCCAGGGGACACUUCACCCCCUACAAUCACUCCAAGGGACAUUUAACCCCCUACAAUCACUCCAGGGGACACUUAACCCCAUACAACCACUCCAGGGGACACUUAACCCCCUACCAUCACUUCAGGGGACACUUCACCCCCUACGAUCACUCCAGGGGACACUUAACCCCCUACAAUCACUCCGGGGGACACUUCACCCCCUACAAUCACUCCAGGGGACACUUCACCCCCUACAAUCACUCCGGGGGACACUUCACCCCCUACAAUCACUCCAGGGGACACUUCACCCCCUACAAUCACUCCGGGGGACACUUCACCCCCUACAAUCACUCCAGGGGACACUUCACCCCCUACAAUCACUCCAGGGGACACUUAACCCCAUACAAUCCCUCCAGGGGACACUUCACCCCCUACAAUCACUCCACUGCUGCUGACCCAUAG